AUGCGCAAUGCUGCCUCGGCUGGUGGUAUAGCCAGCCUGCGGCCUGCCGUCCUCGGCAUGGCGCGGGUUAUCGGUCUGGGCCUCUCUUCCGUGGCCGCUGCGCCUCUGCAACAGCGCCAACAUCACGAUGGCGGCGACGAGCAUCCCGACACGCCGCUCUGGGUUCUCUGCGUAACGUCCAUGGCCCUCGUCCUUCUCGGUGGUGCCUUUGCUGGUCUGACAAUUGCAUUGAUGGGCCAGGACAGCAUCUAUCUCCAGGUCGUCUCAGGUGAUCCCGAAGAACCGCAACAUAAGAAUGCCAGGCGCGUCCUCGACCUCCUCAACAAGGGCAAGCAUUGGGUCCUCGUCACCCUGCUCCUCGCCAACGUCAUUGUCAACGAGUCGCUUCCCGUCGUCCUCGAUCGCACCCUCGGCGGCGGUGUCGCCGCCGUUGUUGGCAGUACCAUUCUCAUCGUCAUUUUUGGCGAAAUCGUUCCCCAAUCCAUCUGCGUCCGAUACGGCCUGCCCAUCGGUGGCUACAUGUCGAAACCCGUCAUUGCCCUCAUGUACUUGCUCAGCCCCAUCGCCUGGCCCACGGCCAAGCUGCUCGACUGGAUUCUCGGCGAAGACCACGGCACCGUCUACAAAAAGAGCGGCCUCAAGACCCUCGUCACCCUGCACAAGUCUCUCGGCGACCUCUCGGAGCGUCUCAACCAGGACGAGGUCACCAUCAUUACCGCUGUUCUCGACCUAAAGGACAAGCCCGUCUCUGAGGUCAUGACCCCGAUGGAGGACGUCUUUACCCUGUCCGAGGACCACAUUCUGGACGAAAAGACUAUGGAUAACAUCUUGUCCUCUGGCUACUCGCGCAUUCCCAUUUACCGCUCCGGCCAACCAACAGACUUCGUUGGCAUGCUCCUCGUCAAAACUCUAAUUACCUAUGAUCCCGAGGACAGAAUACCGGUUCGCGAGGUACCCCUCGGUGCCAUCGUCGAAACACGCCCGGAAACGAGCUGUCUCGACAUUAUCAACUUUUUCCAAGAGGGCAAAUCGCAUCUUGUUCUCGUCUCCGACGACCCCGGUUCUGACCAUGGUGCCAUUGGUGUCGUCACGCUGGAAGACGUCAUUGAAGAGUUGAUUGGAGAGGAAAUUGUCGACGAAUCCGACGUAUACAUCGACGUCCACAAGGCCAUCCGACGCCUCACCCCCGCCCCGCGCGCUCGCUGCGGCCACGUCGAUGUCGCCGCCGCCGCCGGGUACGCAGGCACCGCCAUCGCCGCCAAGAAGACGUCGGACAAUACCACUCUUAUCGGUUCCGAGGAGCCGGGCGACGGUUCCGCGCUCAAAGUCGGCUCGCUCGGCGCCAUCAGCGACGGAGGCGACGGGCACUACAAUCCCAAGGUGUCGGUGCUGCUGAAGCGUCACGGCUCCGCCGGCCCCGACGGCCGCUUCGAGGCGCCCAUUUCUGUCAAGACGUCGCUCAAGGAGAUGAAGUCGUCGCAGCUUCGCCUUGGCCCCGCCAACCGCGCCGCCCACCCGCGCAGUAACACCCGCAACGUUUUCAAAAUCAAGCAGGGCCUCAACCCGCAGCGCAUCACCACCCUCAAGGCCGACGCCGGCGUCCUGCCCACCAACGGCGACAUUUCCCCCUCGGUCCAGAGCGUCGCGUCGGCGCUUCACACCGAGCCGGAGCACCUAGAGGUGCUGCCGGCCGCGGCCAUUCCCGAGCAGGAGCAGCAAGAGCGUCCCGACGACGAGACGACGCCACUGUUGAAUGCAGACGCCAAUGGCGCCGCCGAGACGAUAAAACCGUACGGAGCGAAUGGCAACUCGAAAAACACAAAGAGCAAAAAGGGAAAGAAGAAGUGA